CUUUGUUGAGGGUUGAUGUCAUUAUUAUCGAGACCCUCAAACCACAAUUUCGCCGCAUCCCCCAAGGGUCUCGCUGGCUGCGCAGGUAAACACCUCAUUCAACACUUUUCCCAUCGAGGCACAAAACCUCCUCCAACAAGCCUCCGGCCACCCAGGAACAGCUCGAUAAAUACUUUUGAGCUCCUAACAUUGCCCUUUCUCCGCCCUUGAGUUCUGACAUUCCCUUAACCCGACCCAAUUGACUAUUGCACCACUUCCCAGCUCCCGUUGUGACCUCGACUGCCCCUCAUGGCGUUGAAUCAGGACUCUGCAAAUUCGGUCAUGGCUGCGCCUGCCAGCGGGGAAGCUCCCCUUGACGGAACAGGCGUUAUACAGCUCGACCCUUGGCUAGAACCGUUCCGGGGAGACCUGAAGUACCGGUUUUCCAAAGCCCAGGAAUGGAUAAAGAAGAUUGAUCAAACAGAAGGUGGCCUGGAGAAAUUCAGCCGUGGAUAUGAGAACUUUGGCUUUACGUUCGAGCCAGACGGUUCUAUAGUCUAUCGGGAAUGGGCUCCCAACGCUGAGCAAGCUUCCUUGAUCGGCGAGUUCAACAACUGGAACAGAGAGGCACACCCAAUGAAGAAGAACGAGUAUGGUGUAUGGGAACUGAGGCUCCCUGCAAAAGACGGCGUCCCAGCCAUUCAACAUAACACCAAACUGAAGAUUUCCAUGGUCAUUCCUGGCGGAGAGCGCAUUGAAAGAAUACCAGCCUGGAUCACCAGAGUUACCCAAGAACUCUCCGUGUCCCCGGUCUACGAUGCCGUGCUGUGGAACCCCCCCAAGGAGGAGCGUUAUGUCUUCAAGAACCCUCGCCCUCCCUAUCCAAAGAGCGUCCGCAUCUACGAAGCACACGUCGGUAUUUCUUCCCCUGAGCAGAAGGUUGCCACGUACAAGGAGUUCACCAAGAACAUGCUCCCAAGAAUCAAGUAUCUCGGGUACAAUGUCAUUCAAUUAAUGGCAAUCAUGGAGCACGCUUACUAUGCUUCUUUCGGAUAUCAGGUCAACUCCUUCUUUGCAGCGAGCUCCAGGUACGGGACGCCGGAGGAUCUGAAGGAACUGAUCGACACGGCCCACGGCAUGGGAAUCACAGUGCUCCUCGAUGUUGUGCACUCUCAUGCAAGCAAGAACGUACUGGACGGCCUCAAUAUGUUCGAUGGCAGCGACCACCUUUACUUCCACGAAGGUGGAAAAGGUCGACACGAGCUAUGGGACUCACGACUUUUCAACUAUGGUCAUCACGAAGUGUUACGAUUUCUGUUAUCCAACCUCCGAUUUUGGAUGGAGGAGUACCAAUUUGACGGCUUCCGUUUCGACGGAGUUACUUCCAUGCUUUACGUUCAUCACGGCAUUGGCACAGGAUUCUCGGGAGGCUACCACGAAUAUUUUGGCCCAUCCGUGGAUGUGGAAGCCGUGGUGUAUCUCAUGCUUGCCAACGAAAUGCUUCACGACAUCUACCCCAACUGCAUCACCAUUGCUGAAGACGUCUCCGGCAUGCCCGCCUUGUGCUUGAAGCUUUCACUAGGCGGAAUAGGAUUUGACUACCGCCUCGCUAUGGCUGUUCCUGAUAUGUACAUCAAGCUUCUCAAAGAGAAGAAGGACGAUGAGUGGGAUAUCGGCAACAUCGCAUUCACCCUCACCAACCGACGGCACGGUGAGAAGACCAUUGCCUAUGCCGAAUCCCACGACCAGGCCCUGGUAGGUGAUAAGUCACUGAUGAUGUGGCUGGCCGAUGCGGAGAUGUACACGCACAUGUCGGUCCUGACCCCGUUGACACCGACCAUCGACCGCGCGCUCUCCCUCCAUAAAAUGAUCCGCCUCGUGACCCAUGGCCUGGGUGGCGAAGGCUAUCUCAACUUCGAGGGCAACGAAUUUGGGCACCCAGAGUGGCUCGACUUUCCUCGAGCAGGCAAUGACAACUCCUUCUGGUACGCCCGCCGACAAUUAAACUUGACCGAAGACCACCUUCUUCGCUACAGGUUCCUGAACGAAUUCGACCGGACUAUGCAGUGGACUGAAGAGAAAUAUGGCUGGCUCCACAGCGCCCAGGCUUACAUCUCUUUGAAAAACGAGGACGACAAGGUGCUGGUCUUUGAAAGGGCAGGUCUCUUGUGGAUAUUCAACUUCCACCCCACGAACUCGUUCACCGAUUACAGAGUCGGCGUAGAUGUCCCGGGCGUCUAUCGGAUCGUCAUCGACACGGAUGCCCCUGAGUAUGGCGGGCACGGGAGAAAUGCAAAGGACACGAGAUUUUUCACGACCGACCUGCCGUGGAACAACAGGAAGAACUUCACCCAGGUUUACAUUCCUACAAGGACAGCUUUGGUCCUUGCCCUUGAAUCGACCCUUUGAUCCAGAGAUACCCAUAUUCCGACUUUUGUGAUGGGAGGGAGGCCUUUAGGAUGAUAGCUUUCUAGCUGGGUAUUGAAGACGCGAUGAGAUGUCCGCCCAAACCCAAAAAAAAAUAUUCUUUUGCAGGACAGCGCAACAGGUUUCAUGUCAAUAUCACUAUUAAUAGGUUUAUAGACUCAGGAUGAAUUAUGUGGCUCUGUCGAACAGUACGGCUGGCAAAAUCGACACCCAUUCUUGCUAACGACUUGUUCUCGACGCUUAUAGGGCACAAGGAAGAUCUGGAAAUACUUUUCUCUUCACACUGAUAAUUGUUACAACUUAAAAUCCUAUGGAUGAGUAGAGUAGAG